AUGAAACCAAUGACCCCCAUCAGGCAGGCAAAGUGGAAAGGGGAAAAAAUCAAACACAUGACAUAUGCAUCAAUUUCCUUAAUGAAAAGCUCAGCAAGAGUUUCGGGCCGAGAGUUCCACACGAGGCCUCUGGUUCGGAGCUCGCGGGACGGUACCGAACACAACAAGGAGCAUCAUGGAGGGCCUUGGUGUCGACAUAAAGAACGUGGCAAGGUACUAAAAAAUGUCGCCGGCGCACUCGCUGAGUGUGCAAAGAUAGAUCAUAACAGGUCCAACAUCUUUCAAACUGGUGGAAUCGAAGCCUUGGUGGGAUUGUUAAAUAUGACUAAUAAGGAUCUUCUUGAAAAUGUGACCAAGGUUCUGGGAGAAUGUGCAAAUGAAAUGGACUGUAUGAAACGACUUGAAGAAUUAGAUGGUGUUAGAUUAAUUUGGUCCCUUUUGAAAAACAAAUCUGCAACAGUUCAAGCAAGUGCUGCAUGGGCAUUGGUCCCGUGUAUAAAUAACUCUGAGGACUCCGGAGAAAUGGUGAGAAGUUUAGUUGGGGGAUUAGAAUUGAUUGUAAGUCUCUUGCGAUCAGACAAUCAGGAAGUGCUUGCGAGUGUCUGCUCUGCUAUUGCUCAUAUCGCCCAAGAUACAGAUAAUUUAGCUGUAAUUACCGAUCAUGGUGUAGUCCCUCUUCUUUGUAAUCUAGUUGAAACUAAACUUGGCAACAGCUUUUACUUUGGCAAUUCGCCAAGCGAUGAGAUCCCGCACAAGAAAAACACAAAUCGGACUUCCUUACCAGGUCAUAGCGACCAUUAA